AUGUGCCACACUUUACUGUCAAACACCGAGAAGGCUGCAAUUGCUGCUAAGCUCCGUGAAGGUGUGACCGUGGACGCUGUCCUUGAUGGUAUAAGGGACAACAUGGACGGUACAAGGAAACGCAUCCAUCUCACAACGAAACAAGACCUUUAUAAUAUACUGAGAGAUUACAAGAUUAAAAACAGUGAGCGACUACACAUGGACGAUCAUGCAAGUGUGCUGCUCUGGGUGAAGCACAUGGAAAAUGAGCUGGACAAUCCUGUCCUGUUCUUUAAGCAUCAAGGGUGGCUAGACAAGCCAGACAUCCUUUCAAGAAAUGAAAGUGAACUUCUUGACAUCAAUGAUUUCAUGAUUGUAAUAAUGACUGAGCCCCAACGUGACCUACUUGCCAGCUUGGGCAGCGAUCGCAUCUGCAUAGAUGGAACACAUGGAACUACAGGUUUUGACUUCCAACUUGUGACCCUACUCUGUGUUGAUGAGUUUGGUGUGGGCUUCCCAGUAGCAUUCUGCAUUACUAACAAGGUAGAUCAAAAGGCAAUGGAAACCUUCUUCAAAUCAGUGCGGCAGAAACACGGAGAAGUGACAGCCAGGGUGUUUAUGAGCGAUGAUGCCCCAAGCUUUUACAAUGCCUGGCAGGCAAUCAUGGGCAACGUCGAGAAGAGGCUUCUUUGUGCUUGGCAUAUUGAUAAGAACUGGCGGCAGAACAUAAGACAGCACAUCAAGGACAAGGAGCUCCAAGCAUUCACAUACAAGGUGGAAAAUAGCCAAGAAGUUGAGGAAAACUUGACAGGCAAACUCACCGCAUUACAAGCUAUACGACUGCAGGGAACAUGCAAUGGUUCCAAGCGUUCCCUGCUGCUGCUGGAUGCACUCCGUGAGAAACUGCAAGAAACACCUCCCAACAAUGAGUUCUACAAGAUGAAGCAAAUGAACCACAUCAUUGACGAAAUAGUAGGCAACCAACAAGCAGUCGUAGUCAAUUUAGGGGAGGACACAAUUGAGGAGGAGGAGGACAGUAUGGACGAUGAACACUUCGAAUGGCAGUGA